AUGACUAGUCCACCUUCAACAACAACAACGAUGGAAGAGUUCAAUAAUAAAGAACUACUUGAUAAUGUUCGACCUCUUCUUCAGCGAGAUAAAAUUCGUCUUUGGGAACCGCCUUAUACAAAUCCUGAUACUGGCACUGAAAAUUUUCCAGAGGAAUUAGUCGAAAGUGUUUGUGCUGAAGUUGGUAGUACAACGGAAGAAAUUCGUCUUGCUCUAUCGUAUCUUCGUCGGCACGCAUUGGAAAAACUAGCUGCUAAAAAGCGUACUGAUUUGUUAACACUUAAAGUUCGUUCAUCCGGUGUUUCGAAUAAUAAAAAUAGUUGUAUAAAUGUUAGCAUAUCCUCUCAAAGUUCUGGCCAUGAAUUAGAAAAAUUAAUUCAAGAAAAAUUAAAUUUACUUGAUCAAAAUAUCAAAAUGAUUUGUUCCGGUCGAAUGAUUCAACUCAAUGAACUAUUACAAACACAGAACGUUCAUACAAAUGCAACUAUUCUGGUACUUGCUGUACCGAAAUCAGCCGUCGCAUCAGCAUCUGCUGAUAUUCAAACUUCAAAUUUAAUUCAAGCUAUCAAAGAAGCAACAUCUAUUCUACAUGAAAAUGCACGCAAUAAAUCGAAUUUAAGUCAAUAUCAAUUACGUAUAACUGAUCAACAAGGACGUGAAUUAACAGCCUUAUCCGAUGAUGAACGACGUUCAUUAAUGGUAGCAAUGACAUUACAUGAGAAAGGUCGUUCAUUUCUUCGACAACGUGACUAUUUAAGUGCAUUAUCGUUGUUCAGUGAAGCUGAUAACGAAUUUCGACAAUGUUCAUCGCAAAUGUUAAAUUCUGUUGAUAAUUGGGGUCUACUCAAUUUAGAUAUAGUAUGGUGUUAUCUUUGUAUGCAAAAUGUUAAUGAUUUGCAAGAUGCUGUUGAACGAUUGGUGAGAUGUGAUACAUGCUUUGUUAAAGUUUAUGGAAAUUCAUUUCAACGUUUGAAGGCGUUACAAAAAGAUGGGAUGGGUCAUAUGGUACUGUUUGUUCGAUUACAUCUAUUACAAGCUAUUGUUGCCUAUCAUGCUGGUCGUAAGACUGAUGCAAAAAAUUUACUUGGCAUGGCUGAAGAAGAAGCACGAAUGAUGCGUAUUGAACCAGAAAAAUUAACUCAAAUUAUGCUAAUGGGUUAUACAACAACAGAAGCUCGACGAGGUUUAAGAAGUGCACAAGGAAAUAUUGAUCAAGCGAUUGAAUUUAUCAUCGAAAAUCGACGAAUUCGAGAAGAACAUCGUCGUGAUGAACAAGCUCGAGAAGAAGAUGAACGUUUACAAAAUCGUUAUGGACGUACUCAAAAUGGAGAAAAAAUUAAUGUAACGUAUUUACGUCAACUUGAAUCAAUGGGAUAUCUUCGUCGAGCUUGCGCCGAAGCAUUAAAACAGUCAAAUAAUCGUCUAGAACAAGCCAGUGAAAUGUUGCUAACCAAUAUCGAUACUCUGAUCACUGCUGGUCGACUUUCAAGACAUGAUGAUGAUGAUGAUGGCGCUGCUUACCAAGAAAGUGUAUUGAUGGAAGAUGCAACACAUAUUCCUCAGUUGGUAGCAUUAGGAGCAGAACUUGAAGAAGCACGUGCUUUACUAGAGAUUCAUGGGAAUCGAUUAGAUCGUGCUGCAGAAGAAUUAUUACAGAGAUAUAAAGAUUCAAUUACAACAAAUUCAGAACCUGAUCGAAUCACAGAUAUAUUUGAAAGAGCAAGAAAAGCUGUUGAAAAACGAAAUGCUAAAAAGGUAAAAUUAGAUGAAGAAGCUGCAGCUGCUGAACAUCGUCGUGCCGCACUAGCAGCGAUUGUACCUGAUUUAUUACGUAAUAAUCAAACGACGGAAGAUAUUAAUAAUGAGACAGGACCAGAUCCGAAUGAUCAUCUUGAUUUGUUAUUAGAUGACGAGGAAGCAUUCAUCAACGACUAUCGAAAGCGAUUAAUGGACGAUGGUUUCUAUGAAUAA